UAUCAAUCGAGAAUGAAGUGCGUGCUCUUCCUUUUGGUGAGCACCUGCCUUGCUUUUGUGAUCGUAUCAUCGACCCCUCAAACCUAUGAAUCCAUUUUCUGCUUUGGUAACUCGCUGGCUGACACCGGAAACUUUCUUCUUGAGGGAGCAGUCGCAUUUCCAGUCAUCAAGAACCUGCCAUACGGACAGACCUUUUUCAAGCAUCCAACGGGUCGUGCAUCAGAUGGACGUCUCAUAAUUGAUUUUAUAGCUGAAGCAUUUGAGCUGCCUCUUCUUCCACCGUACCUUGGAAUAACUGCGAAGGAAGACGUGAGAAAGGGAGUAAAUUUUGCAGUCUCAGGUGCCACUGCGCUCGACCCAAAGUUCUUCUAUGCCCAGAACAUUGGAUCGUUACUGUGGACAAACGACUCUUUGAGCGUCCAACUUAGCUGGUUUAAGAAGGUGAAGUUCACUCUAUGCUCCACUAAGCACGAUUGUGACAAUUACUUCAAGAAGUCCCUCUUUGUCAUAGGAGAGAUUGGCGGAAAUGAUUAUAAUUACCCUUUCGCAGCAGGAGCAAGCAUUCAACAAGUUCGAUCUUUGGUGCCACUCGUUAUCUUGGCAAUAUGUAACGCCACCAGUACUUUAAUAGAAGAAGGCGCAGUGAAUCUACUCGUACCGGGAAAUAUACCAAGAGGUUGUUCACCUGCAUUCUUGGCCACAGCUGCAAGCCCUAACCGAUCUGACUACGAUCCAUUAACUGGUUGUCUGAAAUCAUAUAACGCUUUUUCCGAGUACCACGACCAACAACUGAAGAAAUCUCUGCAAACACUACAAUGGAAAUAUCCACACGCCAGAAUCAUGUUCGGUGAUUACUAUGGUGCUUCCAUGCGUUUUUAUCGUGCACCUUCACUCUUCGGAUUCUAUGGUGGGGCCAUAACUGCAUGUUGUGGAGGCGGAGGGCCAUACAAUUUCAAUGCCUCUAAAUGGUGCGGACUGCCUGGUUCAACUGUGUGCAAAAGUCCAUCAACUUUUGCAAACUGGGACGGAAUUCAUUUGACCGAAGCUGCUUAUCGUUCCAUCGCCAGUGGCCUGAUCUAUGGCCCCUUUACUUUUCCACCUCUCUUGUCUCCUCUCCCCUGAUAAUUCGACCCCUUCCUGUUUCUUUACUAUUACAUGUUGAACACUUUGUUUCCGGUUCUACCGGUUCUCAUGAAAUAGCUGAGGAUUUUGCUGUUACAACUACAAAUAAAACCACCAAUUGUUGUCAAUGACAACUAUCCAUCGGUUCCCAGCAUUCCUCAAUUGUAAUUCUGAUUCGAUGAUAUAUACAAACAAUACUGAUAUUGGCGAGA